ACUUUCAGAACCAUUUGUCAGUGGUCAGUUACCUGCUUCGCUUUGCUACUAAGCUAGUUUCCUUUUUCGCUACGUUCCUUCCCAACCCUCAGUCUUUUGUUGGUUACAAGGAAGGAAGGGUGUGGACUCGCUGGUCUAUUCUCUUUUUCGUCGGCUUUUCAUCGUUUUCCGUCUGGUCCGGGCAUGCGUCCUGUAGAGCAUUGGCGUCAGUGUUGUGGACAACGUUCAAUCAACUGACCUGCAAGCCACUGGACAGUCACACUGGAGAAGCCCGCUCAGGUUUCCUGCCACCAGCUGAUCGCAAGCCUUCAGGGCUCGCCAGUGUGAGGCCAAUGGAGACCUAUGGCGGGAUGAGGGAGUACGUGCCGGGUGCUCGUCGCCAUGGCCAAGGACAUUGGGGCGCCGCUAAGUGGGUGGAUAUUUACCUCCUCUCCUUCAUGCACACCAUCAUUCUCCCUGGGCUGCUCUUCCUCUUCUUCGUCUUCAUCCUCAAUCCAAUUUACCUCCGCGCCAACCAGAUCUUCUUUCGCCACAAUGAGAUCGAAACCUCACCUUUACCACGCCUCUCCAUGGUACAAAUCUUGCCCAUCGCAGCACUUGUGGUCUCCCCUCCUUCUGUCCGCCUCGCAGCAGUCCUUGCGGCCACGGCAUGCUCUGUGGUGCUGAGUCGAGGAGCUGCUGAUUCGGCAGACUUCACAGCAGUGCUGAGGGAAGGAGGCGGUGAGACAAACGAGAAAAUCUGAAUAAGAUGUGCACAUUACUUAUUCACGUUGUGGUACAUUACUUAUCCACGUUGUGGUACAUUACUUAUCCACGUUGUGGUACAUUACUUAUCCACGUUGUGGUACAUUACUAUUGUAAGCAAAGCUGCCAUUUGCAUUACCAUUAUAUUACUUGUCAAUACAUUAUAAAACAAUACAAUUCAGAUACUCAAAACACUUGCAAGUUUUAAUUUCUCAUGUGGAGGAAAUUAAUAAAGAACCUGUGAACAGAAAUGCAAAGACUUUUGAUUAGGUCAGUAAAGAAUGUAAUCACAUAUAGUCUGCAGAAUAUAAAUCUGCCAACAUUACUUGAGUUAUGCAUAUGUAUUCUUUGUAUAAUAAAUGCUUGAUUGUU